AUGUCAAUCCCGAUCUACGGAAACUACCACGGUUACUACUCCAAACGCCCAACGGUGAACGACGCCAGGCUCUCUGCACUCCCCGAGGCCCUUUUCCAUGGCGCGAUAGUUCUUGAUAUCGGAUGUAACGAGGGCUGGGUGACUUGUGAAAUUGCUCAAUCGCUGGGACCGCACAAAGUAAUCGGAGUAGACAUCGACGACACGUUGGUCCAGGCUGCGUGGAGGAGGAGGCGUACAGUUUGGUCUUUACAAGGCCCUUCACCCGCCACGACCUCAACCACCCGACGUCGAAACUACUUCCCUCUCUCAUGCGAGCACGAAUUCGGCUCACUUCCCAUACCACCAUCCACAAUCCGGGGAAAACACGCCUUUCCGCACAAUGUCUCCUUCAGGACGGCGAAUUGGAUUCGGGAUGAGAUACCGGAGGAUGCAGAGGGUUAUGAUGUAGUUGUCGCAUUCUCGGUCUCUAAAUGGAUUCACCUCAAUGAAGGCGACGAAGGCCUGAGGCAAUUCUUUCGUAAGGUCCACUCGGUAUUGAAAACGGGCGGGGCAUUCGUGUUGGAACCACAGCCCUGGGAAUCCUACGCCAAGGCUAGGAGGAUGAGCGAGGCAAAAAACGCGAAAAACCUGGUGAUACGACCGGAGCACUUCAGCGAUAUACUUCGAGAUAUCGGAUUCGAGUCACCACGUCACUUUGGUUCGAUCGGUGAGGGUGGUGAGUGGCUCCUAAUCCCUCAUAGUUCGUGA